CCGGUCAAACUACUAUGGAGCAAAAACGUGUAAAUUAGGCCUAUACAGAUGAAAUAAAACUCACCGCAGACAAGAUUAAGAUCAUGUGGGACCAUGGUCGCGGGCUUCAAAACAUAAAGCUAACGGCCAGAAGUUUGAUAGCCAUGAUUUUGAGUAGUUUAAGAAAGCAAUCAGCCGUUUUCAUCUGGAUCUGCAGAUUCCCUUCACGAUAUCUGAAAUUGGUUUAGCGGUGUUCUCUAUUUAGGAUUCAAAUCGAAAAAAGGUCUGGUGGGUGCAAUGUUUACUGAAUUGUUAAUGGCCAUGGCUGAAAUUGGCUCGUGCUUUUGCUUCUACAAGAAAUCGGGAUGUUUUUUGAAUUGAAAAAUUUGGGGGAAGCAGGUAAAAAUAACAAUAAACAGAGAAAUUGGGGGUGGUAAAGAAAAAUGGAAUGAUGAGCUUCACAGAUGUCUGCGAAAUUUAAAGUUGCUGAGGGAAACAUAACCGGUGGACACGCCAGAGAAUAGGAUAAGGCUGGGAUCCAUAUAGAAGGACGCAGAAGCCAAUCAAACAGUGGUUGAAACUGAUGAAAAUUUGGGCACUUUCAUAGCAGUCUUCCUCUAUUAGGGAACAAUAGAUGAAAUGAGUUCUUGAUAAGGUAAAGUGUCCCGGAGGAGAAGACUGGAGAUUUAUUUCAGCUUGCUAUAGCGCUCUGCAAAUUCAGAUAAACCCCCAAUCCAUAUAAGAGGUCUCUGGUAUAUAUUUCCCCCCUUUUCAGCCCGUCUUGGGCCUAUUUCUUUGUUCAUCUCAUUUGAUCAGCACAAGUUGUAUAGAAUAUUUUGUAUCAGAAAUGGAUGGGAGUGCCGAGGCUAAUGUGGGCACAUUCCUAAUAGGUCCAUCAACAGUUUUAGGCAGAACAAUUGCUGUUAGGGUCCUGUUAUGUAAAUCUCUAUCCGAAUUUCAGAAAAUUGUUGCUAUUGCAAUCUCAUUAUACCUCAAUAAAUGCGAGAGAUUUUUGAGGCGAGCAUACAGGACGACAUUUGCUCCAGUUUUCAACUGGCUCCAUCCUCGGAACUCGCAUGCUCUUUUAGCCUUAAUUGUUGGCAUAGCAUUGAUUUUGAAGCGAUAUUCUUCUGUAAAAUCCAAGGCUCAGGUUGCAUAUCGUCGGAAAUUCUGGAGAAAUCUCAUGUGCAAUGCACUUACAUACGAUGAAUGGUCCCAUGCUGCUAAAAUGCUUGAAAAGGAGACUCCCAGGAGAAACGAGACCGAUUUGUAUGAUGAAGAGCUUGUGAAAGCUAAGUUACACGAGUUGCAAAGGCGCCGGAAAAAAGGUGGCUUGCAAGACAUAGUAUUCUAUCUGAGAGCUGAUUUGGUUCGGAAUCUGGGCAAUAUGUGCAACCCGGAUCUCCACAAAGGCAGGUUGCAGGUACCCAAAGUUAUCAAAGACUACAUAGAUGAGGUCUCAACACAGUUGAGAAUGGUGUGUGAUUCAGACUCAGAGGAAAUACUCUCGGAAGAAAAGCUUGCAUUUAUGCAAGAAACAAGGCAUGCUUUUGGCAGAACUGCUCUUCUUCUGAGUGGGGGUGCAUCUCUCGGUGCUUUCCAUGUGGGUGUUGUCAAGACAUUAAUAGAGAAUCACCUUCUACCGCGCGUGGUAGCAGGAGCAAGUGUCGGAUCAAUAAUCUGUGCUGUAAUUGCCACAAGGACAUGGCCAGAGCUUCAAAGUUUUUUUGCAGAUUCUGUGCCGACCUUGCAGUUCUUUGAUCAAUUGGGCGGCAUAUUUACUGUUGUUCGUAGGCUGCUAACACAAGGGGCACUCCAUGAAAUUAGACAGCUGCAGAAGAUGCUUAGAUCUUUAACGAGGAAUCUAACUUUCCAAGAAGCUUAUGACCAGACAGGCAGAGUUUUGGGCAUUUCAGUUUGCUCGCCUAGAAGGCAUGAGCCUCCUAGAUGCCUUAAUUAUCUAACUUCUCCUCAUGUGGUGAUUUGGAGUGCAGUUACUGCUUCCUGUGCUUUCCCUGGAUUAUUUCAAGCCCAGGAAUUGAUGGCCAAGGACCGACACGGAGAGCUCAUUCCCUAUCACACUCCAUUUCAGGUAAGUCCUGAAGAAUCGGGCAUCGGGACUAGGCAGUGGAUUGAUGGAAGCUUGGAAAGUGACUUGCCAAUGAUGCAGCUAAAGGAAUUAUUCAAUGUGAACCACUUCAUUGUCAGUCAGGCUAAUCCCCACAUUGCACCACUGUUAAGAUUCAAGGAAUUUGUGAGAGCACAUGGAGGGGAUUUUGCAGCAAAGCUAGCUCAUCUAUUAGAGAUGGAGGUUAAGCAUCGGUGCAAUCAAAUCUUGGAGCUGGGUUUUCCCUUGGGUGGGAUCGCCAAGCUUUUUGCCCAAGAAUGGGAAGGUGAUGUGACCGUGGUUAUGCCUGCCACUCUUGCACAGUUAACUAAAUUAAUUCAGAAUCCAACUCACUUGGAGCUUCAGAAAGCUGUUAAUCAAGGGAGGCGAUGCACAUGGGAAAAACUCUCUGCAAUAAAAGCCAACUGUGACGUUGAACUUGUGCUAGAUGAGUGUGUAUCUUUUCUCAAUCGUCUCCGUAAGCAAAAGAGGCAAACAGAGAGGUCUUCCCCACAAGGAACCAGCAGUAUGAUGAGAUUCAGUGCGGCAAAGAGGAUACCCUCAUGGAAUGUCAUGGCCCGUGAAACUUCAUGGGGAUCCCUUGAUGAAGAGGGUGUUAUUGAAUCUGGUAAUCAUCAAGGAGGACCAUGGGGAGGACCAUCUUGGAGAACACUCAGAUUCGCUCGCAACAACCCUAAUGGCAGUGACAGUGAGAGUGAAAAUGUGGAUUCCAAUGUUUCUUGGACAAGAGUUGGUGGCCCCUUGAUGAGAACAGCAUCUGCAACCACAUUUAUUAAGAGUUUUGAUGUUGAAGGAGAGUUCAAUAAGCAGUGGAAUAGAGAGGAGAUUCAAAAUGAGGCUACUUCUGAAUCUCUUCAAGACUCUGCACUUCCCUACUCUUGUGCUGCUUGUAUGUCAAACAGGGGUGUACUUUGCAACAAAUGUGGUAACCAAAGGAAACAGAAUGUGGACUGGAAUGCAAACAAUUCUGGAAAUUAUACUGAUACAGAGAAUCAGUUCAACUCUUUUUCCGAAACAAGGAACUUGGAAAACACCUUACCUAAACCACAAUCUAGAAUUACAGUUGCUGAAGGUGACAUGCUCCUAGCUGAAAAGAGUCCUACUGGAACAGUGCUUAAUGUUGUUAAAAGGGAAGACAUCGCCCUUGUUAACAGGAGCCUCAAUAUUGCCUCUCCCCUAAAUGCUCAUGCUUGUGAAUGUAUACCACUUAGCCUAGAAAAGGACUUCGUUGAUGAUGGAUCUUCAACAACUUCUGAUGGUAGUAAUAUGGAUAGCGAGGCAGAUGCUUGUUCACCUGCAUGUAACAAAGUUGGGAAGGAUGCCGAUCUUCCAACUUUUAGGCCACAAGGUAUCUUUGAAAUUGAUAGAAUAGGUCCAUCAAACCUUACUGGGAUGCACUCCGACAUUAACAAUAAAUUCACAGACCAUUCAUUCAUGGUUGAAUCCCAAGAUUGUGUCGAUAAUUUUGAACAUGAAAAUGGCAAAGCUGGAAUUCAAUCGUCAAAGGAUUGCAGGAAACCUAUAGUCCCCAAUGAGUUGGUUGGCUUCGAUCAAAAUGCUGUAGAUGAAUGGAAUGAACACAACUACAAACCAGAGAAUGAUAAUGCAGAGGGAUCGAGACAAUAAGUUGUCUGUAAUGUAAAAGUUGAUGAUUCUGCUAUUGAGAGGGGCAUUGGUGGGAAUUGUGAACAGUGAAGGGUUUCACCUUAUGUACAGAGAUUUCAUAUGGGUGUUUGAAACUGCAUUCCCAGAUGUGGGUCUUCACAUUCGAAUAGUGUAACAGGAAUAUCUGAUCGAUUAGAGACAUGUUAAAUUUGUAAAUUGGCUAUUGAUCAUUCAUGACCGUCAUGGUGAGGUUAAAAAAUGAUGGAAGCUUAAGUUUUAGAUAUUUUAUAAGUUGUUUUAGAUU